UGACACAUUCCAGGAGAGGAGGACUGGCCGGGCUGCCUCUCUUCUGAUAAGCAUCCUAUGGUAUUCUGUACAAGUCAAGAUGGCGGUGUCGGCAACGGAAAAGGACGCAAUAAAGACUGAAGAUGACCAUCACAACGAUUCGUUCGGGAACCCCGGGCUUAUCUCGCCGGAUAGGGAGGACAUUGCACGGCUUCUGAAGGUGCCGUUCAGCGGCCGCAUCAGAGGUGGUAUGAGGCCGGGGAAGAAGGUCAUUGUCAUGGGCAUUGUUGAUCUGGAGCCAGACAGCUUUGACGUCAGCCUGACUUGCGGCCGCGGCACAGAGAAGGAGGAGCCACAGCCGGAUGUGGCCCUGAAACUCAGCGCUCGAUUCGCCGAGCGCCAGUUUCUGCGUAACUCCUGCGUCUCGGGAAAAUGGAGCGAGGAGGAGAAGUCUAUCGACUACUUCCCCUUCAUCCCUGACCAGCCCUUCAGGAUCGAGAUCCACUGCGAGCACACGCGCUUCCGGAUAUUUGUGGACGGAAACCCGCUCUUUGACUUUUUUCACAAAGUGAAAUCUUUGCCGUCCAUCGAUACAGUGAGGAUAGAAGGGGGUCUACAGAUCACCAAGCUAGGUUAACCAACCCAGCUGCCAUGCCAGUGUGUGACACAACAAGAACUCAAUACAGGUGAACACACACACCUGUUACUACAAUACCCACAAUGCAACACUGCAGCGACAGUGGGCCUAGCGCUUUGGAAAGGCCUCGCCCAUCCCGGGUUUGGUUCUGCCGUCACUCCUCUUCUUCUUUCCCCUUUAUCUUGUCAUGUCUCAACCAAGAUCUGACAUUAUUGUGACCUUCCUAAUUGUUGGUUGAAUGGUUGCAAUGCAACGCAGCUCUGUGUGUUUUUGUUCUGAAAGAAUUCCUUUGUUUUCUUCCUCAGUUCUGUGUGUGUCAGGGAUCUCACAAUAUAAACGCCUGCUCAUGGUUACCAAGCAUCCUAUGGGGAUUUUGCUGAGAGAGGGGGCCCUAUUCCAAAUGUAAUAGUGCACUGCUUUUUGGGCACUAUUGGGCAAUAGAGUGCUAUUUGAGAUACAACCGUAGAGCACUCAAAAGUAUUUGCUUUCAUGUGGAGAAAUCCUACAAUUCUCAGGAGGUUUCUCAGGAAUCAACACUAUUUAUCACGUAUAACAUCAUCACUGUAAAUGAGGGUUAUUUCGUGAGGUUGACAAGCUCAGUAUUAUGGGAGCUUCCAUUUUUGCACUCCCUCCCUGUUCUUGAAUUGGGUUUUAUUGGUUGGUUGGUUGUCAUGGUUAUUGGCAUCCUAACUCAAUGACCUACAUACAGAAGUUGCAAUCUAAAUUGCAUUCUAUUCCCUAUAUAGUACACUACUUUGAUCAGGGCCCAUUGGUCUCUGGCCAAAAGUAUUGCACUACGUAGGGAAUAGGGUGCCAUUUGGAAAGGGAAAUGAGGAUUAUAUUGUGGAGUCUCGGCAAGAUGUACCGUAGCAGCUUUUUGAUUGAAAUGUCUUGUAACUGUAUGCAAUGUAUUAAUGGUGGUUCUUACUCACAGUUUCAGUUCAUUGCAACCAUUCUCCUCCUGUAGAUAUAGAUAUUGCACUGACAUAGAGCUACAUGGUAGUGAAUAGAAUGUAUAGUUCAUUUGGAGCUUCGUUUACAUUACUUAUUUAACAGUGAUGAACGAUUGGUUCAUUUAAAGGGGUAGUUCACCACAAAAUCCAAGUUUAUCAGAUGUGUUUUAUACCUCAACUGUUCUGUGUGGAGCUAAUAAACUGGAAUUAGAGGUGCCAAUCUUUCCUAUUCAUUUGGGUUUUAGAUGAGAUCUGUAGGUUUCUCCAAAGGCUCACAGCAGAGUCUAGACACGUGGUGUGAAACACAACACAACACAACACGCAGUGUGAAAUAUGGACUCAGAUGGUCUUUCUAGACUUGAAAACAUCCUAGCAAAUGUUAUCUUGGAGUGAACUAUCCCUUUAAGGAGUUUUUUUAACUGGACUCUGACUUGUAAAUGAAGAAAAACCCCAUAGUGAAAACACACGCAGCGAAGGCCAGCCUAAACAACCAUUCCACCCAAACCUCACUAUCACAGACCAGAUUAUUACUGUAUAUGCAAAUAGUGGAUUCUCUUCCACACUUGAGCAUUUUUUUAAACCAGGAUCGUAUUCAUUAGUGCACACCGAAGUGAAAUGUUUUGCCCAAAAUAAAAAACAGUUGACCC